GGUAAAAAGGCUCUGCCUUAACCUCCUCUUCUUCUUUAUAGUACAGACCUUACCAAAGAGACCUAUAGGAAUGCUGAGCACAUAAAAGCAGAGCUUUCUACUACCCCCACCCUCUCCCCUCUCCAAAUCCCUACAGCCAAUCCGUGCUCUCCGCUGGGGGGGGCGUGGCUCCCAGUAGAGGAGGGUAUUUAUGGCAGCGCUCUCCGCUUGUGGAACAGAUCUGAAAGUGGAGCUGUGUGCGGGCAGAGGCAGGAGAGGGGCUUUAGCUACAGCCAAUAUUGCCAAAAGCCAUAGCAAUUCUGCAUUGGGGGUGCUGACAAGUGAGCAGAGGCUGAGCCCCGUGCAUGUUUGAAAGGCCUUGGAGGGCCACUCUCCCCAUUGCUUUGGGUGCCUUUGCUGAAGAGCCACUUCCAUUGUUCCUGUGAGAGACUGGGGUGCGGGAAGACGCGGCUCUGCCCAGACAGUGCCAGCCGCUCAACUCUCUUCGCCAACUUUCUCUCCAUUCUCUUCGCACCGUUUUGCGCAUGAAUCUCUUGGAUCCCUUCAUGAAGAUGACAGAAGAGCAAGAUAAGUGCAUGUCCGGGGCCCCCAGCCCAACAAUGUCCGAGGACUCGGCUGGCUCCCCAUGCCCCUCCGGCUCUGGCUCCGACACGGAGAACACCAGACCCCAAGAGAACACUUUCCCCAAAGGGGACCCGGAGCUGAAGAAGGAGACAGAGGACGAAAAGUUUCCUGUGUGCAUCAGAGAGGCGGUCAGCCAGGUGCUGAAGGGAUAUGACUGGACCCUGGUACCGAUGCCAGUCAGAGUUAAUGGAUCCAGCAAGAGCAAGCCUCAUGUCAAGAGACCCAUGAACGCCUUCAUGGUGUGGGCACAGGCUGCAAGGAGGAAGCUGGCCGACCAAUACCCCCAUCUGCACAAUGCAGAACUCAGCAAGACUCUGGGCAAGUUAUGGAGACUUCUGAAUGAGGGCGAGAAACGCCCUUUCGUGGAGGAAGCAGAGAGGCUGCGAAUCCAACAUAAGAAGGAUCAUCCAGACUACAAGUACCAGCCACGGCGCAGAAAGUCCGUAAAGAAUGGGCAGUCAGAACAAGAGGACGGCGCUGAGCAAACCCACAUCUCCCCUAAUGCCAUUUUUAAGGCCCUGCAGGCUGAUUCCCCACAUUCUGCCUCCAGCAUGAGCGAAGUCCACUCUCCUGGAGAACAUUCAGGUCAGUCCCAAGGCCCACCAACUCCUCCAACUACCCCCAAGACAGACGUCCAGCCUGGAAAGCCAGACCUGAAGAGGGAGGGCAGGCCACUGCAGGAGAGCGGUAGGCAGCCACCUCACAUCGAUUUCCGAGAUGUAGAUAUUGGUGAACUGAGCAGUGAGGUCAUCUCUACCAUCGAAACCUUUGAUGUCAAUGAAUUUGACCAAUACCUGCCACCCAAUGGCCACCCAGGUGUUGGCUCCACACAGGCCCCAUACACAGGCAGUUAUGGCAUCAACAGCACCCCCAGCGCUACUCCGGGUGCUGGCCCUGCCUGGAUGUCUAAACAACAACAGCAGCAGCAGCAACAACCACAGCCUCCCCAACACUCACUGUCAACCAUAAACAGCGAGCAAAGCCAGUCCCAGCAAAGGACACACAUCAAGACUGAACAACUGAGCCCUAGCCAUUACAGUGACCAGCAGCAACAGCACUCCCCCCAGCAGCUGAACUACAGCUCCUUCAACCUGCAGCAUUACAGCUCUUCCUACCCAACCAUUACCCGUGCCCAGUAUGACUACACAGAGCACCAAGGCUCCAACUCUUAUUACAGUCACGCAAGCGGUCAGAAUUCUGGUCUCUACUCCAACUUUAGCUACAUGAAUCCAAGCCAGCGCCCCAUGUACACGCCUAUUGCAGACACGACGGGAGUUCCAUCCAUCCCCCAGACACACAGCCCACAACACUGGGAGCAGCCUGUCUAUACACAGCUCACCAGGCCCUAGAUAUGUGAAUAGGACAAUGACUUUUUAUAAAGACAUGAAAUCCCCAUUUACUGGGAAGCAAGUGGCGCCCUCUGCUGGUUACCAGCAAUAACUGCUGUAACUCUCCAACAAGAACUUGCAACAAAGAGAGCAAGCUCAGUGACAGUCAUAAGGGGUUUAACAAAAGCAGUUGCUUGGCUGCUCAGGUGACUUUAUCAUUAAGGCAUUUUUAGCCACAUUUGGGGAAAAUUGCUAAAGCAGAAUGUCCUCUGUGAGGACUAUUGUCUAGCUCUGUCAUUUAGUAUGUACUGUGUAUGUUUCAUUGCCUUUACGGGGGUUUUUACAUUUAUACUUUAGACAACUUUUUGUAAAAAAAAAUGUUCUUAAUUUCUUCCCUCCGACCGCUGAACUAGUAGAACUCUCCAGCUUUUCUGCAAUUUCAUGUAUUUUUGUAAUUCAAAUCGAAGAACGUUUAUUUUCAAGAGUAGAAUUGAAUCUGGCCUUAUACUGUGUUAAGUAAUCCUGACAAGCUUCUAAGAAGCAACUAGAGGAUCCGAAAGAGCAUCAAGUAGGAGAUUCGCCAUGGUACAUCAUGAAUGUAGGAAAUAUUUUUCCAUAUAGAUAUAUACCCAAGUGCCAACAACCAAGUUGCCUAAUAAACAAGUGCCCUUUUUUACCUUCACUCAUAUCCAGCAGUUAAUAUUAAUUGCCAGUUUUGCCUUAGACAAAAUCACCUGCAGAUUUUUUUUUUCAAUUCCUAAAUUAUUUAUUUUAUAUAAAAGCUAAAAUGAAAAAAAAUAAAAAUAAAAAAAAAAAGCUUAUUGAGAUCCCUGCUCCUUCCCAUGACUUAAAUAUUUUAGCAUGCUCUGAUUCCAUUCUCGGAAACUGCAUUUUUUUUUUUUGUUAAAUUAUGGAUUCUGCUGUUUCUUCCAUCUGUUAUUAUUCUGUUCUAAAUUCCUUGGCAAAUAUGUUCGAAAAAGAUCAGACCAUUGAAUUAGAUUU